AAAAUUGCUGGUGACCUUUUAGUUAACAUUUUUCAAUAAUGGAAUUUCUCGCUAAUAUCCCGUCGACCUCGACCCCGGCCCGGAAGAAUCCUAAGCGCAAGAUCACCAUGAAGAUCUCCAAGGACCGGACGCAGCUGGAACCUAUCAAGCGCCAAAAGAAAUCCGACAUUGCCAGCAGCAGCAGCGCCUCCGCUCUUACCGGCAAGCAUGCCCGCUACGCCUGUACCGAACAGGGUCUGCCCGUCUACAAAAUCGGAUUCGACAAGUUCGCCCUGUUUCGCUGGUUGGAGGGAGGGACGAAGGUGGUCCUAGCCGAAUUCAAAGAGCAGCCGGAUGGUACCUUUAAGCCUGUGGAUGCCAACAAGUACAUCGCCAUGACCAUCAACAACUUUUUGCGCCUCUGCGGAUUAAUGCUGACUGGUAAAGCCGACUUGGUCUCAUCGUGCCCGCCAUUGUUCGAUAAUGGAAAGCUGUCUCCUCACUACUGCCUGGACGACAACCUGUACUUCCAGUGGAGCCGCUACAACAACAUGGACCUGGCCACUGUACGCCGCUUUAACCUGUCGCCUAACAAAGAUUUAUAUCCAACCAAGGUCGGUAUUUCUUUCGGUCGGAAGGCCUACGAAGGACUCAAGGAACUGGUGGUGGACUUUACGCUGCUGAAGGAGAUCCGGGACACCAACGAAGCUCACGAUGUCGCCGCGGAUCCCAAGCCUGGUCUCGCUUCCGUUUCGUUGAAACAGGAAUUGGCUGAAAUUAUGUUUCGCAAUAUUCGGGAGCACCGUGAGAAUGCGACUGGUCGUACGCCGAUGCGCGGAAUCGCUACGGAUGAAGAAUGGAACACUGCCGAAAAGGACGUUCUGGAAAAGAAGCAGAUUCAUGGUGUGUUGUUGUUGCUUAAUCAGCUUGAUGUGGGUCAGUGUAUUGAUUUAGAUGUUGAUAGCUACUUGGCACAGUUCCGUAAGGAAGUGCGUGCCCAGUUGGAUAAAAUGAUGAUGUAAUGCGUAACGCUGCAUGCCGUAAUUACUGGUUAUUUAUUUCAUAUUAAUGCACGAACAAUCUGUUUUUCUAGAAAUUUGCUAUUGCAUAUUUCUGUAUUAAGUUGGAAAUGAUGAUUAACAGUUCGGCAAACCAU